AUGUCAUCUGUAAAUGUUUUUGAGUUUGCUUCUCGUGUACAAGGAGACAAGUAUACUAAUAUCGCGUUUGUUGCUGUCAUCAUCAUUAAUUAUAUUUACACAAUUGCUGAGGAGAUGCUUCUAACUAUGAUCCGAUAUAAUGCAACUCAGGACUAUCAUUUGUGCGUGUAUCUGGGCUGGGCAGUUACUGUGAUUCUUAUACUACGAACUUACGCUGUCUGGGGUCCAAGUAGAACAUUUUUGCUGGGUUUCUCCACAUUCGUUACGGUCAUCACAGCAGCUGCUGUCUACACUACGGUUCGAUAUUUGCGGAGUAUUCAAUGUAUCUCCCUUCCUGUGCCUGGCAUUAUAGCUUGCCUCACUUUGGAGGAGAACAGAUUAACUACGUAUAAAGGGUUAAGGCACUUCCGUAAUGCUACAUCCCCGUUGUGGUUUACACUAUUUGUGGAAGGUGUUUUGUACUAUUUCCUUGUAAUGGCUAGCACAAUUUGCUGCGUCAUUCUCCUAUUCCUGCAUCCUGUUGAAGUCAGCGCUAGCAUUGUCCCGGUAACUUUGCCUCUAAUGGCUAUACUGUAUCAAAUUACCAGGACGGACAAUAUACACCAGCAUUUAUGCGUGUCCCUCUGUUGGGCAGUGGCUGCUUCGGGAGCCUGUGGCAUCAUCGCUGCUCAAUGUAACAUUUAUUAUCCCAUAUGGCUGUUGGACAAAGCUGAUUUUGGCAAUUAA